CAAAGGUUCGCCUAUCAUUUUGGAUCUUGGUCCGGUACGAAGGUUUGCAAGAAACCCGCUAGCGACGAGUUUCCUAGCAAGUAGCAGCGAGUCGAGAGCAUCCGUAGUCCCUACUCUUGUGCGGUACGCGAUUUCAGUGCGUGCACUUUGGCGCUGCGAACGAGUUUGUCAAAUUGGUGAAAUUGAAGCAGUACAGAAAGUGCGUGAUCUCUUGUGAAGAAGAAUAAAGCCCGAGUUCUUUCCAGCAGAGUGUUGUGACAAAAGCAGGGGGCGAGUGCGUUGAGUGAGCGGAAAAGCAAGAACGCCCAGCAACGGAAGUGUGAUUGAAAGAAGGGAAGAAACACUCCGAGCUAAGCAGACGACAAAUCCCAAUUUUCCACACCAAACAUCCCAGCAAAUCGCAUUAAAAUGGUUAUCAAGGUGUACAUCAGUGGAAUGUCCGGCAACAAAGAGGUGAAGAAACGCCAACAACGGGUCACGAUGAUCAUGGAAAGCAAGCACAUAGAAUAUACCGUCAUCGACAUCACAGAGCCGGGCCAGGAAGCGGAAAAGGAUUUCAUGCAGACGAACGCCCAGCACAAAGGAUGCACGAUCAGUGAUCCGAACCCACGGCACGCACUACCCCCGCAGCUGUUCAACGACACCGAGUACUGUGGUGACUACGACGACUUCGACAUGGCCAACGAGGUGGACAAUUUGGAAGUGUUCCUUAAGCUGGCGGCACCGGCACCCGAACCGGAGCAUAAAAAUGGCGACGUAUCUGCACCUGCCACCGAUGCCGCCGCCGAGGAUGAGGACGAAAACAAAGAAAACAAGACUGAAGACAACGGUGCUGCCGGUGAUGGUGCGGAGGCGACUGAGGACGUAAACGAGGCGACUAAGGUUCCUCCGGAAGAAGCAGGAGCAGAGUUGCAAUCGGAUAAAGAAAUACCUGACGAAGAAGCACACGCUACAGUUGACGAGAAAAGCGAUUCUUUGAAGGAAGAAAACGAGACAGAGGAAUUGGAAGAGAAGUCGUUAAAAGAAGAAAAAACUUUAACUGAAGAUACAGAGGUGGAGGAACCGGAAGUGAAAAUUGAAAAGGUAGAACGAACGGAAGCCGGAACGAUGGAACACUCGAGCGAAGAAAGUAACUCUGAAGACGUCGAUAACGCAUCAAACCCGCAGAAGGAUACUCAGCAAGAAGGUGUUAUUGAAUUCAGCGAAGAACUUGAAAGGCCACGUACCGUUGAAGACAACACAACCGAACAGUUAGUUGUACAGAAUGAUAAUGACCUUGAAGCUUUGGAAGACACAACAGAAGAGCAAGUAACCACAAUGGAGCAUGAGUCUGAUAAUGAAGAAUCAAGCGAUGAUUCCGUUCCUGAAGAUCCUGAAGGCGAAACUGUGGAAGAGACCAAUGUAGACGUUGAACGAAAAGAAGAAUGCGAGAUCGACAAGGAUGAUGGUGAAAUGCCUGCAGAAGAAGAGAUAGUAAACGAAGCUGUACAAGAAGAACCAGUGAGCGGUACCGGCCAUAGUGAGGUGGACCAACCUUCCCCAAACAAUAAAAAAGAGGAUCAUGUCGAAGAGAUGGAAGUGGAACAGGAGAUACUAACGGACGAGGACGAAGCAUCUGAAAGUGUUGAUGACUCAGAGGGUGACAGUCAGAUAGAAAACCCACCCAAGACGAGAACAAGUCCAGAGGAGGACGUGGCCGAGUCAUCAGAAACCCAAAUUACAGAUGAAUCCCGAUCUAUUGGUGAAGCGGAGGAACCAGCGGAGAUGGAAGCCGAUGGUGACGACGAUGCAGAAGAACAGGAACUCCGACGUGCCUCCGCAGCACUGGCCGGCAAGAGCGAGGAUGCCGUCGAGCAGAUCGGAAUGGAUGAGGCGGAGGAAGAAGAGGAGGAAGACGAAGCGGACAACGCACUAGUGGAAGCCGUCAAAGAGGACGAAAUAUCCAGCAAAUUGGUUGACACUGACGAUCCCAUGAUGGCUGAGCAGGAGCAGGAAGAAUGAAUCCAACCGACCACAACAAUUCUCAUCAGUAAAGCUAAUCACAUCAUCGUAAUUAUCAUCCACUACGCCGGAUACAUCAUUGAGGGGAUCACAAAAUCUCACAUCGAGUGCUACUGCAAUGACUUCAACACUACAAGAAGCACAUGGACGGAAGAACCCUGCCCAUCGCAUCAGUUUGGCACUUUUUAUGAAUCGCCUAGUGCCAGGACAGCGGAUCAAUGGUUGCUUAGUUUAGUGGCAGCCUUCGUUCGGUACGGUUCUCGCCCAACGAGCGAAGAUAAAAAUCGAUAGAGGCGCGAUCGCGUAGAGAGAGCUAGAAAAAGAGAGAAAGGGAUAUAGGCGAAGAACGCUGUUUUAGGAUAUAUAGUGUGUUGCGAGAUCGCAUUUAGCUUUUAUACCGUCCAUUUGUUGGAAGUGCGAUGCAACACAGUGCGAACAUAUUAUUGUGCCUCGAGCAAAGGAAGAAAGUGUGUAACGACGUGCCAUACUACAUAAUUGCAAGGUGAUCAUUUGUUAAGGAAACUACGGUCAAUAAAUAAAAUAAA